AUGUAUGUAUAUAACUGUAUCUAUCUAUCUAUCUAUCUAUCUAUCUAUCUAUCUAUCUAUCUACUUUCCUGCUCCGUCCAACCCGCCUUUCCUUUUUUUAUAGUCUUUUCCGCCUCAGUCACGUCCUCCUCGCUCCCUCUUUUCAUGUACUUCCAUGUACAGCCUUCUCGUUUGGGACAUCCUUCUGGUUGUGCGGAGUUGGAUGCCCUUCUCAUCACCUCAGUUCAUUCACCGAGACCUUUUUGGGUCCGGGUUCUUUCCGUGACAGAAUUUCGAAAUAAUGUUUCUUCCGCCACAGAUCAGCACAUUGGAGACCUCUACAAACUUCUUCCGGUCUGUUUCUCUGCCUCGGUCAUUUCAUAUCUAUCUAUCUAUCUAUCUAUCUAUCUAUCUAUCUAUCAUUAUAUGUUCAUUAUCUAUCUAUCUAUCUAUCUAUCUAUCUAUCUAAUCUAUCUAUCUAUCAUUAUAUGUUCAUUAUCUAUCUAUCUAUCUAUCUAUCUAUCUAUCUAUCUAUCUAUCUAUCCCAGUCAGCUCAUUAUCUAUCUAUCUAUCUAUCUAUCUAUCUAUCUAUCUAUCUAUCUAUCUAUCAUUAUAUGUUCAUUAUCUAUCUAUCUAUCUAUCUAUCAUUACAUGUUCACUAUCUAUCUAUCUAUCAUUAUAUGUUCAUUAUCUAUCUAUCUAUCUAUCUAUCUAUCUAUCUAUCUAUCUAUCUAUCUCAGUCUGUUCAUAUCUAUCUAUCUAUCUAUCUAUCUAUCUAUCUAUCUAUCUAUCUAUCUAUCUCAGUCUGUUCAUAUCUAUCUAUCUAUCUAUCUAUCUAUCUAUCUAUCUAUCUAUCUAUCUAUCAUUAUAUGUUCAUUAUCUAUCUAUCUAUCUAUCUAUCUAUCUAUCUAUCUAUCUAUCUAUCUAUCUAUCUCAACGUACUCAUCCUUAUAUUAA